GAACGCUAGUCGGCAAUCGUUUAAAUGCAUAACAAUGGCGGCGGCAAGCAGUAGCGGGAGCACAGAGGCUGGUGGUAUAAAACUCGGCCAAAAGCCGAGCUCAGAGGGUUUGUUUACCAGCGUUGCUAUGGUGACCGGUCUUGCGUGUUCCAACGUUUUAUUAGGUAUCUAAUAAGCUGUCUAAUCAAUUCAUUCACUGCUUCUUCCGUGGUCAUUACAAUAUUAUGAAUAGAUUUUGUCGGGUUCGGGUUUUAUACUCUGGUGUAGGGCUGUCAAAACGAACUUCGCUAUUCUAAUACAAUUCGAGAACAUUCGAGUGCGGCAACUAACGUUCGAACUUUUUUUUUUUUUUUUUUUAGCAAAUUUUAUUGACAAGUCAAGAAUUACAUUUAACUUUUGCCUAGCAACGACUCAAAUCAAAGUCAACGUUGUGCGUCGUGACGUUCGGCAUUGUAUAUUUACAAGAUGGCGGGGAGCAGCGCGCGAGCAGACACAGAGCUGGAAAGCAUAGGUACGAACACACCAAACGCGUACCCGCGUAAAGAUUUACGCGCGCAACGCAGCUAAAAUGUUGCUUGACCAUGGUCAAAAAUGGUCCUACGCAGCUACGCGCCUACGCUCCUAUGCGCCUAGAUGAAUCCAUGUCCAUGCAAGUGAACGGAGCGUUCCCUCUUCGUCAUAACUAUCAAACCAAACAUCCUUCACAUUCACCGAGCGAACAUUACGAAAGUAAAAUGCACAUUUCUCGCUAAAAAUGUUUCCAUAAACGCAUUUAAUGGCGUAACUAUGUUACUAUUUCCACCCAGAAUAAAGAAAGUUGUCGGCCGUGGCUGCGCUGGAGUCCGAGGUAGGAAACCCAAACGCCGCCGUGUUUGGGUGAUAGAGUUUAGAUCGGGAUAGAUUAAAUAAUCUCGGAUAUAAAUAACAAUAAUCGAGUUAAAUAACUUCACAUGGUGUGUCUGGUGUGUUUCCAGCAUUCGUAGUGUUGAUCAGCAGAUAUAUAGUCCGCCAAGACGUUGAGGUUGCUUAGUAACCAGAGACUCUGUCCAUGCAAGUGAACGGAGCGUUCCCUCUUCGUCAUAACUAUCAAACCAAACAUCCUUCACAUUCAUCUCGUUGUCUGCAAGCUGGGCGGCAGACAACAUCUUCAUUAAACAUCAUUGCUUGAAUAUUUCUGGCGUUAUAUCUUACCUAUUUAUAUAAGUUUUGUAUUGAUUUUGUAAAACUUGUUGCAAAUGUUACAUAACAGAUUUGGUUGACGCGCCCUCUAGUGGACGCGGGACGUAGGCCUAAUAAUAAGAUGGUAUCGGUGUAUAUAAUGAUAUAAUAAAAAAAAAUAAACAUUAAAAUAUUCGAAUAUUCAACAUAAGAAGCAUUAGAAAUUCGAAUAUGAUUUGAGGGGAGGAUUGACAGCCCUACUCUGGUGAAAAGAGAACUUUUGUCAAGUUAUGUAGUUCUAGUCUAGCUGUUGACUGUCGAAAUUCCACGAUCUAGCAACCAGUUCUAAGUAGUAAGAGAACUUUUGUCAUGUUAUGUAUUUCUAGUCUAGCUGUUGACUGUCGAAAUUCCACGAUCUAUCAACAAGUUCUAAGUAGUAAACACACACUACAAGUUGACAAUUUAAAUUACAUAAAUCCUUUUCGAAGUUGGGUCUCUGAGGUGGCAGUGCAUUAUCUUUCAGUUUGCACAAUGAGAGAGGGAGGAAGGAGUAGAACAGUAUUUUUAUAUUUGGUAUAUUCUUCCUGAUUGACUUAUUUUGUUCAUUUGUUAGAUACUACAUAUGGCAUCAAAAUGCACUAUUUUGCAGUUUGCAUAAUUUAAGUGCCGUGUUUGCACAAUGUUAUUGCACAAAAAAGUGGCAUGUUAAAGAAAUGUUUAAUAAAUGUUGAUAUUUUAACAACAAAUGUUUUGAUAUCCAUAUUGUGUGAAAAGUGACAUUGAUGAAGUAAUGUGAAAUAAUCGGUAACUGAAAAAAUAAUCAUUAGAUUAUUCGUAAAAUUUGUCGUCAGAUUAGUCGACUAAUCGAAAAAAUAAUCGCUAGAUUAAUCGUUUGAAAAAUAAUCGUUUGGGACAGCUCUAAAAGGAACGAAAUAAUCCAAUGUAUGCAUAAGAGUAGUGUGUGCAUAGCCUACAGGUUUCUGGACAAGAACACCAGCAUAUUCACCUUUUCUGGCUUCAACAAGCUCCUCAGUGGCGUGACAACAUUGCCUGCAGUGCUAAAUACAUGCUCAGAGGGUGAACUAGUAGCGCAUAUACUAAAAUAUUUACUCGCAAUCUUGGCCAUUAAUGGAAAGCAGUUCUGGUUUGCCUUCCACCAUGCGAGUGGGUCACUGUCCCCAUCUAGUGCAUCUUCUUGCAGGUAGGCUGUUACUUCUGCCUUUGCCCGUUGCUCCUCAGUGAGUGUCACAGGUUGCUUCGCCUUUCUCAAAAGGCUACCCAGGGAAGGUUUAUUUUUCUUAGGUGGUGGGGGUGGAAUAGGUGCCACUGGCUGCUCCGUCUCAACAUCCUCCACUCUGACCCUUACCUGUCCGGUAGUCUGCCUCCUGCAGUAUGACACCAUCUCUGCCUCCAAUCGAACUCUCGUGCCUACGAGGGAAACGGCAUCGAUAUGGUUGCUCUUGUAGCGGGGGUCGAGGAGAGCAGAUAAGCGCUUUAAUUGUAAUUCAUUAUCGUACUUGUUCUCUAGUUCCACCAGCACCCCACUUUUAAUGACGGACGUCAUCUGGACGUCAUUGUCGUCUUCCUUCAAGAAGUUGUCUUUCAUUAAAUGCAGCGUGGGCAGCAAGGAAGAGACUGUCACAUAGUUUUCGCCAGACAGUAUGUCCGUAAAUUCCGAAAGAGGUUUUAGAGCUUUGUUCAUCUUGCCACGUCAGGUUUGGCAGGGGACGGCGGCUUCUGUCGUUCGCGAAAACCCUCUUGAUUGCUGCGGCCUGUUCCAGUAUCCUCUCUGCCAUCUUCUGCUUCGAACCCUAACGUGUUGCACAGUCCUGUUUUUAAAAUAAGACUGAUUAGCCCAAUAGCCUGCAUAAUAUUUGCCUAAUCAUAUAACCCAAAUAACACCACUAGCCUACUAUAGGCCUAAUAAUAAAAUCUAAUAAUCCUACCGUAAUCAAAGCGUGUUUGGGGAGUUGUAGCUCAACCUGGGCUUUGCUCAGCUCCCGUUUCCGUUGCCAACUAUGAGAAAAGGCGCCGUUGAUUGAUUGUAUAAAUUGGGGAUAGCAGUUUGGGAAAAGUAUUUGCGCGUAGGCAACUCAUACUGCUUGUCCAGCGUUGCCAGCAUUUCUUUGAAGGUGGUCUUCUCCACCGUCUUGAAGGACACCAUUUAUUUUUUAAGUACCGGGUCACAGCUGUGGUACACUGCUUACAUCGAAGGUGUCUCGCUUGUAUUUGUUUCCCUGCGAGAAGGCGCCCAGGAUUGAGGGCUGCUGCGAUGUUGUAGCAAUAGCGGAGGCCGUGGCACGUGGAGCUAAAGUAGCAUGAUCUGCCGGAUGAUGCACUCUUAAAUGAGCGUGUAAAUUGGUUGUCUGGGAAUCCUUCACCGUAAUCAUCCUUUUACGAAACGAAACAAAACAAAAUAUUUAUAUCCCGCCCAUAUGCAACAAUAGACUUACUAUAAAAUAGACAGAAUAUUGCCCAUGUCAGGGCGGCUCUACACUCCUAACUUUAACAAAAACAUAUGGUAGAAGCAAAUAUAUAGCACUCCAUGGAAGACAGAUAAACUGUUUCAAGUAGGAAACAUGAAAGUACGCCUACAGAUGUUCAAAAAGAAAAAUUUUCAAUUGGCACUUGAAAAUGCUGAUAUUAUCAAUCUUUCUCAAUCUAGAUGGAAGUGAGUUCCAGGCUUCUGGUGCAUAGUUACUGAAGCGCCUGUUUGUUGCUUUCAGCUUGGAGAUCUUUGGUAGCUUCAUCUGAACGACAUCAGCCGGACGAAGUCUUGACUCCCUCAAGGUCGGAUCAUUACUACUCAUUGUGACAAGCUCCUGGAGAUACAAUGGGGCAACCCCAUUCACUACUUUAAAGCAGAGAAGACAUACUUUGAAAAAUAUCCGUUGUUCAAUUGGGAGGAUGUGAGCCUUCUUGUAGUAACGAGUGAGGUCAACGUUCAUAUCUGUGAUGUCAUAGAUGAAACGUACACCUGUGUUCAACGCUGAUUUGAGUUUCCUAAGCCUUGUCUUCGUGAGAUUCAUAUACAGAGCGUUACAGUAAUCAAGCUUAGAGAUGAUUAGCUGCUUGAUAAGCAUGAGUUUCACCUUCUCAACAAGGUACCGUCUGAUGGUUCUGAGGUUUGUCAUAUCCCAGCUGCACUUCUGCUUGACAUUGUUGACUUGUCUCUCCAUGUUCAGUGAUGCAUCCAAGAGAACACCCAGGCUUUUCCAGCUGUCUCCUUUACAGAUAGUUGGUGUGAUGGUAGUGUCACCAAACUGUAUCUUUACAAGCGGCUUACCCAUCACGAGCAGCUCCGUCUUGCUUUCAUUGAGUUUCAUGAAGUUCUCAAUCAUCCAGCUUUUUAUCUCUGACAGACAGUUGUUGAUCCUUGCUGUAAUAUCACAGAGUUCAGUAGGUCUCAUUGGGUGGAAUGAUAUAUACAACUGGGAAUCAUCCGCAUUGAGUUGUAUACUGACCGUAUUUCUCUGCUAUCUUCUGUAACUGUUUUAUGUAUAGAAUGAACAGGAUGGGUCCUAGAAGUGAGCCUUGGGGAACUCCAAAUAGUAGACACAGCAGGUUAGAGAUGGAUAUAUCAAUCUUCACACCAAAGGACCCGUCCUUGAGAUAUGACUCGAACCAGUUCAGGGCAGAACCUGUUAUACCGAAAUCAUUCUCCAGCUUCUUUAGAAGUCUCUUAUGAUCGAUGGUAUCAAAGGCCGCUGAUAAAUCCAGCAGGACAACAAUAACAAUAUUAUCUGCAUGAAUUUCCCUAAAGAUAUCAUCAGUCAUCUUCACAAGCAGCGUCUCACAGCUGUGAUUUGGUCUGUACCCAGACUGAACUGGGCAGUGGAGGUUGUUGGUCUGCAGGUGGCUGUUCAGCUGGUCUAGGACUAUCCGCUCAAGAAGCUUAGAGACAACAGGAAGGUUUGAGACUGGUCUAUAGUUCUUCAAGCAGUCUGGAUCUGCAUCCUUCUUCUUAAGGGUCGGUUUGACAACCGCCUUCUUCAACUCACUAGGAAACUCACCCUGCAUCAUCGAGAUGUUAACAAUGUGCAGUAGAAUGGGCACAAGCUCGUUUGAGCACUUCUUCAGGAGGAAUGUUGGUAUAGGGUCUAAGCAGCAGAACUUGCUGGACAGUUUAGAGAUAUACUUCAACAGAGAAUCUUUGCUGAUCAAAUGCUUCACACUUUAUUCCCACAGGGUACUUAAAAUCAUCAUCUGCUGGUUUCCUCUGGUUUUCUUCUUCAGCUUCAGCUUCAAUACUGGAUCUGAUGAAGCUAAUGGAGACUUUCUGGUAAAGGCGAUCCUCUUCUUCUCUAAACCACAGAAACCGUUCCUGAGCCUGACGUAAUCAUCGUGUGUUCCUUUUCCCUUCCUCCAUGUAAGUAAGUGUUGUGCAGCUGACCGUGCCAUGGCCACCCUGUUUAAGGAGCUUCCCUCCUAGACACGCCCAGUUACAUAAGAAACACGCGCACGCACACACGCACACGUGUGGGUUUGCGUGUAUGCAUGAGAUGACGAGCUCCCAUCUGAACGGACAUGUUGGCGACGGGGAAGGCGGAGGAGAGGAGGAGAUGAGGGGGGGUUCUCAGCACAGAGAGAUGGCAGUGGACUGUCCUGGGGAGCUGGGAAGCAGGACCCUGCCGGUACGAAGAUCCGCUCAGCUGGAAAGGAUAAGGCAACAUCAGGAAGACCUCCGACGGCGCCGCGAGGAGGAGGGGAGGCAGUUGGAUCUGAACGCGUCCCUCAGGCUCCGCAAGCUCUCCCAGAACCCCCACGUAGGGAUUGACAACCCCACCUUCCUGCAGGACUCACACACGCCCCAGCAACCCGCGCUGGGAAGCCAGCACGCACAGACAGUGUUGGAGCUGGAGGAGCUGCUCCAGUCCCUCAAGCAGGUGAAGGGCUGCCUGUCUGACCCCCAGAGUCAGAGUGACGUGGAGCUGGUGCUGUCACUGCUCCAGAAGGCUGACUUCCAGUCUGCGCUCAGGAUCCACAAUGCUGUGGCCAACAGCAUGCACCGCCCCUCCCCGCCAUACCCACACACGCACCAAGCGCUACAGCUGACCAUGGAGGUGGAGGGUUUGGUCCAGUCCAGUCAGAAUAAAGAUGGCUUAGAGCUGCAGAGUCUACUGUCUGACACACGUGUGCAGGCUCUGCUCGUGGCUCAUGACGGUGUGGCAGAAAGGGAAAUGCAGCUGGAGCCGAUGUCCCCCGCAGGGGAGACUGAGACCCAGUGGGGCGGGGAGACAGUGAAGAUAGUGCGCAUUGAGAAGGCCAGGGACAUACCAUUGGGCGCCACGGUGCGUAACGACAUGGACAGUGUGGUGAUCAGCCGGGUGGUGCGCGGGGGCGCUGCGGAGCGCAGCGGCCUACUGUCCGUGGGCGACGAGAUCCUGGAAAUCAACGGGGUCGAGAUCCGGGGAAAGGACGUGAACCAGGUGUUUGAUAUACUGGCGGACAUGCACGGCAUCCUCACCUUUGUGCUGAUCCCCAGCACAGAGGGUAAACCUCCUCCCAUCAAGGAGACAGUGAUUCACGUGAAGGCCCAUUUUGAUUACGACCCCUCAGACGACCCCUACGUACCCUGCAGAGAGCUCGGACUGUCCUUCCAGAAGGGAGACAUCCUCCACAUCAUCAGUCAGACGGAUCCCAACUGGUGGCAGGCGUACCGUGAUGGUGACGAGGAGAACCAGCCCCUGGCCGGACUGGUCCCCGGCAAAAGUUUUCAGCAGCAGAGAGAGGCAAUGAAGCAGACGAUUGAGGAGGACAAAGAACCAGAGAAGUCUGGAAAGCUCUGGUGUGCAAAAAAGAACAAGAGGAAGAGAAAGAAGCUGCUUUACAAUGCCCACAAGAACGAAGAUAAUGACAUUGAAGAAAUUCUCACCUAUGAGGAAAUGGCCCUGUACCAUCAACCAGCCAACAGGAAGCGGCCGAUUGCACUGAUUGGUCCACUGAGCUGUGGCCAGGCGGAGCUUAAGCAGAGACUGGUCAACAGCCAACCAGAGCGCUUCGCUGGGGCUGUCCCUCACACUACAAGGAGUCGUCGCGAUGGAGAGUCGGGUGCGCGGGACUACCAUUUUGUGUCUCGUCAGGCAUUUGAAGCAGAAUUAGCCGCCGGUAAACUGAUAGAAUCUGGCGAGUUUGAGAAGAACUUGUAUGGGACCAGUUCAGACUCUGUGAGGCAAGUCAUCAACACUGGAAAGAUCUGCCUUCUCUGUCUGCAUACACAGUCUCUGAAGAUAUUGAGGAGUUCAGACCUGAAGCCCUACAUCAUCUUCAUCGCCCCACCUUCACAAGAGAGACUGAGGGCCCUCUUGGCCAAGGAAAACAAGAACCCCAAGCCCGAGGAGCUGCGCAUCGUGAUCGAGAAAGCACGGGAGAUGGAGCAGAGCUGCGGCCACCUGUUUGACGCGGUCAUCGUCAACACAGACCAGGAGAAGGCCUACAGCGAGCUGCUACGCCUCAUCAACAAGCUGGACACAGAGCCACAGUGGGUCCCCUGCUCCUGGCUCCGUUGAUCUCCUCCUGCUGUCCAACUAUAUAUAUAUAUAUAUAUAUAUAUAUAUAUA